CCUGAAGGAAGCUUAACAACUCUGAAGAAACGGUGCUUUGUUACAGACGAUUUGGACGAUGAGAACGGGGAGGAGCGGCUGCAUCGGACACGGAGCCCGUCAACCGGCGACGAAGGACACGACGACCUAGGCGAGCAAGACGACUGCCCGGAUGCGGACGGCGAAGGGGAAUCCACGAAUUCGACGAGCCUUCACGGUGGUAGCGGCGGUGGCACAGGGAAUGGCGGCAGCGGCGGCGGUGGAGGCGGUGGCGGCGGCGGACAAAACAGCGUGCAAGUUGGCGUGGACGGUCGCGACUCGAGUAGCAUGAAACGGAAGAAGAAGACGCGGACAGUGUUCUCGCGGUCGCAGGUGUUCCAAUUGGAGAGCACGUUCGACAUGAAACGCUACCUUUCGUCGUCCGAACGCGCCGGUCUCGCCGCGUCGUUGCGGCUGACCGAGACUCAGGUGAAGAUCUGGUUCCAGAACCGUCGUAACAAGUGGAAGAGGCAGCUCGCCGCGGAACUCGAGGCGGCAAACAUGGCGCACGCGGCACAGAGGCUGGUCAGGGUGCCGAUACUGUAUCACGAGGCGUCCGCUGGAACCGGAACGUCCGGCAGUGUCUCGGUGUCGGUGGCUGCGCCGUCGGCGGCCGCUGCGCCAGCGUCGGUCGCCACUUCGGCGCUCUCGCACUCGGUCGGCGUCGGAGUCGGCGUCGGUGUCGGCGUCGGCACCUCCUGCCCCCCUACCACCGCCCAGCCGAUCUUCUACUCCCAUCACCAUCAGCACCACCAUCAUCAUCCGGCUCACGUGCAGGCGCACACUCUCCUACCCCACCAGGUACACCCACAACCGCCGCCGCCCCCGCCGCCCCCGCCUAACGGCCAACCACCCCAAUCCUCCUCGCAAUAACACCGUCCGGCUCACGAGACCGUCGGCCCGCUACAACCAACCACCGCCGACGCCGCGAUCUCACUCUCGCGACUCGCCUCGAUCGCCUUGUCCGGAUAAACCGUUUCUCUUCUGUCGUCGUUUCGAUCAUCUUGAAUCGUCGAUCGUGCCUGCCUGUCUGCCCGCCUGCCUGCCUGCCUGCCUUCCUG